UGGGGCCCAACUAGAGAGGGGAGCGAUGCAGCGGAGAGGGGGCCUUUCCUGACAUUUCUUUCAGCCUCACCCGUUAACGGGCAAUCACAUCACCCCCAUCCACCCAGUGCACUUGGCGCACGCCGUCUCCACCGUCUAGGCUCUCUCCGUUACCCACUCGGCUAGUGAAUUGCGUAUACACAGCUCCAACUCGCUUCCUCACCUUGGCCUGCCGUAUCGCGACGUGCAAUUGGCAUCGGUGACCAAACCCGCACAGGGCGCUUCCCUAUCUCCAACACCACCAAGCUUACCACCUUGCAUACCGAUAACCUCGCCCCAUUGUCGCACACCUUCACCGACGUCAUCUUCCCGCAAUGGUCCUCUACAGCUUCUACAUCUUCGAUCGGCACACCGAGUGCAUCUACUCGCGCCGCUGGACACCCGCCCGCCCAACCUCGUCCUCGUCCAAAGCUGCCCCCCGCCCGCCGUCUGGCGCCUCCAUCGCGAGCAAUGGCGACGUGGUUGCUGCCGUCCGCAAGGGCAUGUCGCACUCCGAUGACGAGAAGCUCGUCUUUGGCCUUGUCUUCUCCCUCCGCAACCUCGUCACCAAGCUGGGUGGUGCCGACGACACGUUCCUUUCGUAUCGCACCGGCGAGUACAAGCUACAUUACUACGAGACGCCCACGCGCAUGAAGUUUGUCAUGCUCACGGAUACAAAGGUUAUCAACCUAAGACAGUAUUUACAUCAGAUCUGGGCGAAUCUGUAUGUAGAGUAUGUGGUCAAGAAUCCGCUUGCGCCGACGGAGCACCCGGGCGGCAUUGGCGUUGCGAAUGAGCUGUUCGAGCGGGGGCUGGAGGCCUUUAUCACAGCCGUAUUGCCAGUAUGAACACGAUCCCUCAAUUGGACAGACAAUAGCAAGAGCAGCUUCGGGUACAA